AUGUCGGCCCGCGUGGCGUAUCUAUCGUGUGCGUGUACGUGUGUGAGCGCAUACUUCCAUAUAUAUAUAUAUAUAUACUAUUCGUGUACAAGCGUUCAACUUGCUCGUUCUCGGUUCGCAUACAGUUCUUCUCCCCUCACAACGGCAAGUUUAAAAUACAUUAUCAUAAACAGUUUCUCCAACAUGAAAUAUCCGACUUUCAGCAUUGACAGCGACACGGUGCGCCUAACGGAUAACCCCUUGGACGAUUACCAGCGCCUUUACCUCGUCAGCGUACUGGAUAAGGACUCGCCGCCCGCCAGUUUCGGUGCCGGACUCAAUAUUAAAAGGGCUAACUAUAAAUCGUCUAUUGCUGCGCAAUUUAUACAUCCAAACUUCAUUACCGGGACUCCGGACACAGGGAACGGAGAAGAGGCGGCAGCCCAGAACGUCCUGAACUGCUUCGAGUACCAGUUUCCUAACCUUCAAACGAUUCAGAGCCCGAUCCACGAAGAAUCACUGCUUUCCCAGCUUGCAAAUUCCGCCGCUCCCCACUCCCCUUUGCAUCUACACGGUAAAAAUAUUUUGAUGGGUAAGAUCAUAUUACCUUCUCGCUCUAAUAAAACCCCAGUUUCAGCGUCGCCUACCAAACAAGAAAAGAGGAUGCUGUCAUCAGCAUCACGCGGGGAAAACGCCACCUCUUCGCUGACGAAGAAUCAGCAAUUCAAGUUAACCAAACUAGAUCACAAUCUGAUCAACGACAAACUCAUCAACCCUAAUAAUUGCGUAAUAUGGUCGCAUGAUUCCGGCUAUGUGUUCAUGACGGGCAUAUGGAGGCUGUAUCAGGAUGUGAUGAAGGGUCUCAUAAACUUGCCCAGAAGUGACCGGGUUUCCACUAGCCAGCAACAGUUCUUCUGCAAGGCCGAAUUCGAAAAAAUUUUGUCGUUUUGCUUUUACAAUCACAGCUCGUUCACUUCUGAAGAAUCGUCAAGUGUCCUGCUGUCGUCCUCCACUUCUUCGCCGCCAAAGAGACGGAAAUCCACAGGAUCCACUUUCCUAGAUGCCAACGCAUCUUCUUCAUCCACCUCUUCCACACAGGCAAACAAUUACAUCGAUUUCCAUUGGAACAACAUCAAGCCUGAACUGAGAGACUUUAUCUGUCAGUCUUACAAGGAUUUUCUGAUCAAUGAACUUGGUCCUGACCAAAUAGACUUGCCCAACUUAAAUCCGGCAAAUUUUACCAAAAGAAUAAGAGGUGGUUACAUCAAGAUCCAGGGUACUUGGUUGCCGAUGGAAAUCUCAAGGUUGCUAUGCCUGAGGUUUUGUUUCCCGAUUAGAUACUUUCUGGUGCCUAUCUUCGGUCCAGAUUUCCCCAGAGAUUGUGAGUCGUGGUAUUUGGCUCACCAAAACGUUACGAUUACCAAUUCUACCAAUUCUACUGCAGCUAAUACUACUACUACUAAUGCUACACCUUCUGCAUUGGCGAGACCCAGGCAGAAAUCCAGGCCCAAACCAAGACAAAGAUCUACCUCCAUGUCCCACUCCAAAGCGCAAAAACUUGUCAUUGAGGAUGCCUUGCCUUCAUUCGACUCGUUUGUAGAAAACUUGGGCCUUUCCUCUAAUGACAAGAACUUUAUCAAAAAAAACAGUAAAAGGCAAAAGUCACCUACAUACUCCUCUUCAACCUCUUCUCCUAUAGGACCAAGAGAUCCGACGGUACAAAUAUUAUCAAACCUGGCAUCCUUUUACAACACCCACGGCCACAGGUAUUCUUAUCCAGGGAACAUCUAUAUACCACAGCAAAGAUACUCUCUACCUCCACCAAACCAGCUCUCGUCACCACAGCGACAGCUGAACUAUACUUACGAUCAUAUUCACCCAGUUCCCUCUCAAUAUCAAUCUCCAAGACACUUCAACGUUCCGUCUUCACCCAUCGCGCCUGCGCCCCCCACCUUCCCUCAAUCCUACGGUGAUGAUCACUAUCAUUUUUUGAAAUACGCUAGCGAAGUUUAUAAGCAACACAACCAACGGCCAGCUAAUAAUACAAAUACUAAUAUGGACACCUCUUCCUCGCCGAGGGCGAAUAAUUCAUUGAACAAUUUCAAAUUUAAAACAAACUCAAAACAAUAA